GCUGGCGAUAGAGGCUUCCGAUCCGAGCGGCCGCUGGAUCGCUGACAGGAGGCUCCGUUUGGAAGCCGGCAGUAAUCGCGGAGGAGAAUCGCUUUCCCGUUAUGGCGGCUCGGCUGAGCCUUCCCGUCCGCAGGGCCAGCGGGCGCCUGAGGAACGCGUAGGCCACUCCGCCUCCGCCGCCUUGGCCAUGGCCGGCGAGGAGCCGCAGAAGUUCCUGGCCCCCGACGAGCCCAGCGCCCUCCUCUUCUCCGCGCCGCCCCGCGCACACGGUCCUGGCGGCGGCCUCGGCCUGUGCGAUGAGGGGUCCGCCUGCCUGGACGUCAGCGACUUCGGCUGCCACCUCUCGUCCUGCCACCGCACGGAUCCCCUGCGCCGCCUCCACGCCCACAGGUGGAACUUGACUUCAUGUGGCACUAGUGUAGCCAGCUCUGAAUGCAGUGAAGAACUGUUUUCGUCUGUCUCUGUCGGUGACCAGGAUGACUGCUUCUCACUUUUGGAUGAUCAAGACUUGACAUCUUUUGAUUUGUUCCCAGAGGGUAGUGUCUGCAGCGAUGUCUCUUCUUCCAUUAGUACAUAUUGGGACUGGUCGGACAGUGAAUUUGAAUGGCAGUUGCCUGGCAGUGACAUUGCAAGUGGAAGUGAUGUGCUUUCUGACAUCAUACCCAGUAUACCAAGCUCUCCCUGCAUGCUUCCAAAAAAGAAAAACAAGCACAGGAAUCUUGAUGAGCUUCCAUGGAGUGCAAUGACUAACGAUGAACAGGUGGAAUAUAUUGAAUAUCUGAGUCGUAAAGUCAGCAUGGAGAUGGGGCUUCGAGAGCAGCUUGACAUCAUUAAAAUUAUUGAUCCCACAGCUCAGAUUUCUCCUACAGACAAUGAGUUUAUUAUCGAACUAAAUUGCCUCACUGAUGAAAAGCUGAAACAGGUCAGAAAUUAUAUCAAGGAGCAUGGCCCCCGGCAGCGGUCUGCAAGGGAGAACUGGAAGCGAAGCAGCUACAGUUGUGGGAGUGCCAGUGGAGUGAGCGGUGCCAGCGCCAGCAGCAGCAGCGCCAGCAUGGUCAGCUCAGCGAGCAGUAGCGGUUCCAGCAUUGGCAACUCUGGCUCAAACUCCAGCGCCAACAUGAGCCGGGCUCACAGCGACAGCAACUUAUCUGCAAGUGCUGCAGAGCGAAUCAGGGAUUCAAAAAAACGUUCUAAACAGCGCAAGCUUCAGCAAAAGGCUCUGCGCAAGAGACAGCUGAAAGAGCAACGGCAGGCACGAAAGGAGAGACUGAGUGGUUUGUUCCUUAACGAAGAGGUUCUUUCUUUAAAAGUCACUGAGGAUGACCAUGAAAGAGAUGUGGAUGUCUUGAUGUGACGGGUGAUUUUUUUUUUUUAAUUAAAAAAAAUCAGUGUUCUUUCUAAGCCUUAAGCCUAUUAUCUUGUUUACAUAUACUUUUACCAAAAUUUUGAUUGGAGCUGGGACUAGUUAGCCUGUGUCCCUCAUCUAUAGUUUAAAAGCAAAAAAAAAGGCAUGUGAUAAGAGAUUAAGAGGAUACUUAA